AUGUUUGAUGACACUAACAGCGAUGACACCGACAGCGAUGACACCGACAGCGAUGACACCGACAGCGAUGAUAUCGACAGCGAUGAUAUCGACAGCGAUGAUACCAACAGCGAUAACAUCGAUAGUGAUGACACCGACAGCGAUGAUACUGACAGCGAUAACAUCAACAGCGAUGACAUCGACAGCGAUGGUAUCGAAAGCGAUGAUUCCGGAAUCUAUGACUCUGAAAGUGAUGAAUAUGAUCGAGAUGGCACGGAGGAUUAUUACUCUGAAGAUGAAUCAGUAUGA